CCGCGCGGGGAAGGCAGUAUCAGUCGAGCCAGUGGGAGGGUCGGACCAUGACGCUCCUCCGCCUCUCAACAGUGCGGUAAUGUUGGUCCGAGUCAAGCUAAAGACUUUAACAAAUUCCCUCCUGUCUACAGGAAUGUCUCUCAUGGCAUUUCCACUAACAGUGAAAUAAUUUUGCCAAUCAAAAUGUGGAGUGCGACUUUUCGGGAUGGCAGGGUGCUGCUGUUCACGGUAUGGCAAGUCGUUGUGCUGGUGUGGUGCUGCGAUGCCUUGGCAGUGCGAUAUAGCAGUGGCGCAGAGUGCGAGAGCCAGGCGCUCAGUUCCCGAGAGAGAGCACUCACAUGCUCACUCAAGACACUUGACGAGGACAUGAGAGUGGCCAAUUUGAGCGCCAUCCCAGUGGACAGUGUUGUGCGUCUAUCGCUUCGGUGUAGCGAAGUUUACUACUUCGAAAGUGCGUUGUCGCCCUUUAGCUUAUCGGGCUUUGUGCGCGUCAGAGAACUCAACGUGGAGUUUUGCAAGAUUAGUGACCUCGAGGAUAAUGCAUUUAUAAACCUCAGAAAUUUAAGAAACUUGACACUACGGACUAGAAACUCUGACUGGCCAGUGAUGAGUCUUACGACAAAGCCAGAUGUGUUCCGUCCUUUGCAGCAGCUGGAACGUUUGGACCUCAGCACCAACAAUAUCUGGGAACUACCUGCUGGGGCCUUCUGUCACCUCGCCAACCUCAAACUGCUCAAUCUAAGUCACAACCACUUGCAGGACAUCACGCAACUGGGGUUCGGUGAGGGUGGAGCGGACAGAGGCUUACCUACAUGUCGCUCCGACGUCAGUUCUCUAGACCUGUCAAAUAACGACGUCACGGUGUUGGUGUCGGGCUCACUCCAGGGCCUGGGUCGCCUCCAGCACCUCUUCCUACAACAUAACGAACUGGGGAAGGUGGAUGAUAACGCCUUCCAGGGUCUGAUCAGUCUACGCACCUUGGAUAUCUCUGAUAACAGACUGGUGGCGCUGCCUGAGGAUGCGUUUCUCCACACCCCGGGCCUCAUGUACUGCCGGGCCAAGAACAACUCCCUCUCUGUGCUGGCACCGGGGCUCUUCCGAGGCUUGGAGCACCUCGUUGAACUCGAUCUCUCUCAUAACGAGUUGAAAUCUGAGUGGCUCACUUCCUCCAUCUUCCAAGGAUUAAUCCGCCUUAUGUUGCUGGACCUGUCAUAUAACAAGAUCUCUCAACUAAACCAACAGGUCUUCCGUGAUCUCUACAACGUCCAGGUUUUGAGACUCUCCCACAAUCAGCUCCAGACCAUUCCAGCAGCAGCAUUUGCAGCGUGUGUCAAUCUUCACACGCUAGAUUUAUCCUACAAUCAAUUAACAAGUAUUCCAGAUCGAGCAUUCCAGGGAGUGAACGUCUUGAGUUUCUUGGCGCUGGACAACAACCAGAUAAGUAAUGUGGGUGUCGCCUCGCUCAGUAACCUCACGAGUCUGGAAGACCUUAACCUUAAUGGUAAUCAGUUGACGGUCAUUCCAGCAGACGUUGGUUAUCUGCGCUACCUCAAGACGUUGGAUCUUGGGGAAAACCAGAUCACCUCCCUGGAACACAUGCCUGUCAAGGGACUCCAAUUCCUUUACGGGCUGAGGCUCGUCAACAACAAGAUCAGUGGUAAUAUUUCUAAAGACACGUUCAGUGAUAUUCCAUCCCUUAAAAUACUAAAUUUAGCAAAAAAUUCUAUAACAUAUAUAGAAAGUGGUACCUUUGAUAAUAAUCUUAACUUACAAGCAGUUCGAUUAGAUGCAAAUAUGAUAACAAGUAUUAGUAAUUUAUUUGAAAACCUUCCAAAUUUAGUGUGGUUAAAUGUGUCUGAUAAUCAAAUUGAAAUGUUCGAUUAUCAUUUUAUACCUGUGAGUCUUCAGUGGUUAGAUCUACAUAAAAACAAAAUAAGUGAACUUGGAAAUUACCUUGAACGUCACGAUUUAAGUUUGCAAACUCUCGAUGCAAGUUUUAAUAAAUUACAAUAUAUAAAUAGCAUCCAAAUUCCCGAUAGUGUGCAACUAUUAUUUUUGAAUGAUAACAGAUUAUCUGUGGUGGAACCUUUCACUUUCUUUAAGAAAGCGAACUUGACUCGUGUUGACUUAUUCGCAAAUCAGUUGUCAAAGAUGGACAUGUCGGCACUGAGGCUUUCGGAGCUUCCGGCCAACAAGUCUCUACCCGAGUUCUACUUGGGCGGCAACCCCUUCGUCUGCGACUGCAAGAUGGAGUGGCUACAGAGGAUCAACAGCUUGGAUCAUGAACGACAAAACCCUCGCAUCAUGGACCUGGAGAGCAUCUAUUGUCAGAUGCCCUUUGCACGCACAGGAGCCUUCAUAGCUCUGGUGGAGGUCAACCCAUCACAGUUCCUCUGCCAGUACGAGACGCAUUGUUUCGCUCUCUGUCAGUGUUGUGAAUUUGAUGCCUGUGACUGUGAGAUGACGUGUCCUGACGGCUGUGGGUGUUACCACGACCAGUCGUGGAGAUCCAACAUUGUGGACUGUUCACUACAGGAUGUGCAACAAGUGCCGGAACGCAUCCCAAUGGACGCCACUCAGGUUUACCUUGAUGGUAACGAUCUUAGGAACCUCUCCUCCCAUGCAUUCAUCGGCCGUAAGCAUCUUCAAAUUUUGUAUGUGAAUGCCUCUAAUGUUAAAACCCUCGAUAAUGGAACCUUCAGUGGGCUAACGCGACUGACGGCGCUGCAUCUGCAAGACAAUCUCUUGGAGGCACUGAGAGGGAAUGAGUUCCAAGGCCUUCAAGGAGUGCGGGAGUUAUACCUCCACAACAACCAUCUAAGAUACGUCCACCAGCACACCUUUGCAACUCUCUCACACCUAGAGAUUCUGACACUUCACAACAAUCAGCUGAUUAAUUUCCCCGUGUGGCGAUUGGUGGACAACCCAUACCUAGGCCGUGUUUCCCUCAGUGCCAACCAGUGGUCAUGCCAGUGCCAAUUCGUCGAAUCAUUUGGCAUCUGGCUCACUGGGAACGAGCGGAAAGUCUCUGAUGGUAGAGAUAUAAAGUGCUACACCGACGAGUCUGAGGAAGAGCCUGGCUCCUACAUCAUGGACUUCAACGCCACCACCUGCAUGAACACCACCAAUUCAUCAACCGUCAUUCAACCUAUUGUUCUGGACAACUUGUUGCACCCUGUGAUAGCCACGUGCGUCGCCUUCGUCGUGGUGGUACUCGUGGUGCUCUGUGUCCUCUACCGCAGCACUAUACGUGUUUGGAUUUACUCUCAGUGUGGUUUCAGGAUGUGCCAUAAAGCCACCAACUCCGACGACCGCGACAAAUUGUUCGAUGCCUUCGUGUCGUACAGCUCCAAGGACGAGGGCUGGGUGAACCAGGUCUUGGCCGGGGAGCUGGAAAGAGGAGAGAGGCCCUACCGGGUCUGUCUUCACUACCGAGACUUCCCCGUCACCGCCUACAUCGCUGACACGAUAGUAGAAGCGGUUGAGUCCUCUCGACGCACCAUCAUCGUCCUCUCCAAAAACUUCAUAGAGAACGAAUGGUGUAGAUUCCAGUUCAAAAGCGCACAUCACGAAGUUUUUAAGAAGCGAAGACAACGCCUCAUCGUCAUCGUCUUGGGAGAGAUCCCGGCGCGAGACCUGGAUCCGGAUCUCCGCCUCUAUCUCAAAACCAACACUUGCAUUCACGCCAGUGAUAAACUGUUUUGGGACAAGCUUAGAUUUGCAAUGCCCGAUGUGCAGACCAGCCAACGGGUCGUUCACACCUAUAGUUCCAUCCCCGAGAGGUCCUCCUCGUCCACUAAUAAGUACAGUGUCAACAGCCCAGCGUCCAUGCAUCAAAAUCUUCACGGGGGAUCCGAUGCGUAUUGGGCGUAGGGUAGUGAAGGGCUCUGCUUGUAAAUGCGCAGCAGAGCUCUGUUUGUAAUUUACAACAGGGCAUUGUUUGUUUGUACAAUUAUACACAGUGGAGCUCUUGAGUACAUAGCAGGGCUCAGUGUAAAAGUUAUAUGCAUCAGAGCUCUGUUUGUAAGUGCCAUGAACAGCAGAGCUCAGAGCGAGUGUUUUAUAGUCUAAAGCAGAGCUCUUAAAUGUGUGCCAACUGGCUGUGUUGAACUGUAUGUGCGAGGAUAUAUAUAUAUAUAGCUUUAAAACAAAGUGAUGUGAACUAAAGUGAUCGAAUCCUAUCUGUGAAAAAGGUUCAUAAAAAAAAGCUUGCCUGUUAAGCUUGCUCGGAAAAUGAUACAAAAAAUAUGGAUAAGCCUAGCAGAGUUGUGUGUGAAAGGGAGAACCAGUCUUAACAUUGCGGGGCUUUGUAUAUUCUAUUUAUCUCCAGCAAUUGUCAUAUAACAUCUAGUCAUAUAUAUUGUGUAUGAAAUCUAAGAAAUGGCUAGGCUCUAUUCCUUACCCCUUUCAAUUAUAUUUAUUAUAUACAACGAACAAACAAUGUCUGCAUUUUUUAUGGCAAAUAUCUACUGUUAAAUGCUUCUUUUUUAAGUGUGCUCGGGGAAAAAAAACGAAUUUAUACAACAUACUUGGCCUCAGUAUUGUGUUAUUGUCACUUUAACUGAAAAAAAUGCAAUUUUUUAUGCAUAUCUGUUGUGCUCUAUGGGUGUGGUGGUCAUUGAGGCAUGCAGUCACUUGUUUACCCAAGUACGGCGCUCUGUGAACAAUGUUUUCUAUGUGCUUUGGACUCCCUGGGAAACUUUCUCGUUCACCUCAUACAGAGAGAGACAGUAUUUUAUUACAUAAGCUAUUCAAUUUUCAUUUACAUGAGAUGAUGUAACCAUUGUCAUGCUGUUCACUGUAUUGGCUUCAACCUCUUUCGACUUUCACAUUCUGCACAUCCACCAGUUUUCUAUAUGUUAUAUAAUUUCCCCCUCAUGGUCAAGGCCCACCUGUGACCCGACCUCUCACACCCCCCCCCACCCCAUCACCUCUGACAUGGUCAUUGCCUAAUGUAAACAAAAGCGAACAUUUACAUCAAGCGCUUCUAGCUAAAUCAGUGUUACGUCCAUUUCUAAGAUGUUGAUUGAGGAGUGACAUCCAAUGUACUGCUAACUGUUUUGUAUCACGAGAGUUUGCCCACUUGAUCUGUGAUAAUACCAAAGUCAUAUACAGCUUAUUUAACAUGUAAAUAUUUUUUUUAUACAGGAUAAUUUUUCUUUUGUAAGAUACUGUACAUAAGUUCAUGUGUAAAUAAAAUGCAAUGGGCAAUA